CUGGGACCAUGACAGUGCUUGCCAUGUUGAGCAGCCUGUGUGUGCGUGUUAUUAUGAAACGGCCUGGCUCCCUCCUGGUCACUUGUUCCGCGUCUGAGUCACGGUUUGCAAUGCCCACUGUUGCGUCGGCGCCCUCUCGAGUCCUCAAUGCACACACCAACAGUGGCCUGGACUAGCACAACUGUGGAAUCUACAAACCCGGCACCGAUGAGGCGCAGCUUCGGUACGACUGUCGCUGGUCCAAGGAGAAUGGACGCAGGUAGCCUGCCUGUUCUCAGUCAUGAUCAAUCAUACCGCGCCGAUGCAGCACAACAUUACUUCUCUCUUUCUCAUGACCACCCAACUGUUCAGCGACGUCAGUCAGCCAAGCAGCUCAUCGACAGAUACGAGUCCAUUUCGAGGGUGGAACCGUCAACUGCUCGUAGGCCACCAAGCGCAGCCCGUUUUCAUGGUGUAUCAUUGUCUCGCUCCGUUGGCAAGGGCAAGAGAAGGUCUCUGAGUGCCUCGCUGCGUAAUUUCCUGUCCGUCUUCCAGAAGGGGAGGAAAGGAAAGGACGGAGAUGACCAGGAAGAAGACAUCCCUAUAGUUGUGGUCGAUGCACCGAGCAUGGCUCAGAUCCCUUCAAUAUACACCGAGAGCGCUCCCCUCCCUCAUGAUACAGGUACCGUGGUCCUGUCAGCUGGUAAAGUCUCUACACUCCACUCUGGUGCGCUGUUAUAUCUUUCCAUGCCAUCAUCUUCCACUACUUCGACUAUCCUGCCCGUCUGGACGUCCUGCGAUGUCACCUUGCAUACCCUGCAUAUAGUCAUAACAUGGUAUACUAUUUACGGCAAUCCUUCGACUCAUGUCCUUUCACUAGACGGUUGCACUGAUGUCCGUUCUAUUUCUCUGAACCGACUGGAUCUUGAUGAGAAGGCUCUUCUUCCGACCCAAACAGACCAGUCGGAGCCGAAGGUGUUCGAGCUUCUGUUCGAGGGUCGUCGAAGAGAGAAAUUUGCGGCAUCGUCGAGUCAAGAACGGGCACGAUGGGUCAGCGCCAUAUGGGAUACAUUACUUCAAAGACAGUCUCAGGGAACAACACGGGUACAGGCGUUAACGAUACAGACCAAUUUGCAGCGUAAAGGUCAAGACUAUUUGCAGCCUCCGUCAGCAUCAGAGUAUACUUCCUCCGAAUACACUUCGUCUAGUGGUGUUGAAUCCGAGACCUCGCUGACGACGGAGCAGUCUCUUCCUCCGACGCCGAGCAGUAAAUCACCACUGUCUACUCAGUCUCCGGCUCGUUUCAGUCUACACGACUCGUCACAGAAUCGUUCACCCCUGUCUACUCAGUCUCCGGCUCGUUUCAGUCUACACGACUCACUACAGAAUCGUUCUCCCAUGUCUCUCUUGCCUCCACGACCUCCGUCACAAAUAUCACCACGGAGCCCUGGUCCUAAAAGUCCCUCCAUUGCCAAGCUCGGAAACCUUUCCGUCGUCACACAACGGUUGGCGCAGAUUGAUCAAACGAGUUCGCCAGGAUCAGCGAGUAGUGACACUAUCUUGCCGCACUUACGGGGUGCUCAGAUCCGGUCUACGCGUGCUCGUCGUGCGUUUGCGGAAAUCCAUAAGAUCAAAGACGAAGGCUUUUCGAGCGACUCGCCGUUGAGCAGUGGUGGACCCAGCCCGCAACCGAGAUCGCCGGCAUCGAUCGAAACAUACUCUUCGCGGUCAAGGAGUGCUUUCGCUCGUAGUGGGACGUCUCUAACACUUGCUCCGACUCUUCCUGAGACCCCGCGAGUUAUCGGGGAUGGUUUACCGGUCCGAUCUCCUUCACAAUCUACAGUAGACAAGCCUGGUAGUCUGCAGGUGGUGCCCAUUACGGACUUGAUCAAAGAGGGCGCAGCAAUGACUUUAGAUCAAACGACAGGUAUCAGCGAACAAAUAGCUACGUUAAAACGCGAUAUUCAGCACCUCCCCAAUGAGCUGGCACCCUUGUUGGCCGACGCCACACGUCAGUCUUCUACUGAGGCUAAGGAGGCUAUUAUUUCUACGAUACAAGCCUUGGUUGCCAGGGUAGAGGAGAUUCAGCAACAGGGCUCCUCCAGUACUGUCCAAUUACAGGGAAACUCCAUUAUGAAGAUCCUGGACGUCAUGCAAACGCAGUUAAAGUUGAGUCUUCCUCGUGUUCUCGAAAAACUCGAUGCGAUCCAUGACAAUCAAGAGCGAGAGAUGUCGACGUCACGCGCGAGCAUCACCAUGAACAAUCUGGGACCUCCUUUCUCUACACCGACUCCGUCGGCGGAAGGUUCAACACCCUCUCUGAACGUGGACCUCUCGGACAUAUAUGUGAAGCUGGAUGAGCUAGCCUUACUUUACAAGACUAGAAACACCCCGUUGAGCCCCACUGUAGGAAGCCCCCGCGAAAAUGCGGAAACUCCAGAGAAGCUAGCACAUGAACUGUUAGAUGACAAGCUGAAAGCCGUCCUGGAUUACCUGAACGCGGAUGAAGAACAAAAAAAAGUGCAGCUCGCACAGCAGGCCGACAGUGUCCGCUACCUGAACGAACUAAACUCGUGGCUGGACGCGUUUGUCAAUCAAGGCACCACGCAGAUACAGGCUGUCGCAACUGGUGUUGAACAAAUUUGUAAUCAACUGGGUAUCAGCACAUCCGAAGAACUUCGAAGCACCAACCUGAGUGGACAGGUGCAACAACUGCUAGAAGCGGCGCGGAGUCAGGUGUACAAUGAAGAUGAUUUACGAUCAACAGUCCAUGAGUUGAUCCAGGUCGUUCAAGAACAUCUCACUCAUGGAGACGAACAACGCAAAGCACUUGUGACUGACUCGGUAAUGGAAAUUAUCAAUCGCCAAAGAGCAGACCAGGAGCAAAUGCUGCGAGCGUUGUCGAGCGAACUGACGGAGGAGAUCCGAGGGGAACGGCUGCGAUUCGUGGAAGCGAUGAAAGAGGCCACAGCAAUUAAUGUGCAAGCUCACGUUGAACAUUUCAAGGCUGAGUUGGGUCGUGAGGUUGCAGUAAUGACACAAGAUGUUGGGAGGCUGCACAAAGAGAAGCAAGCGAUCGAACAGCAAAUUGCGGACCUAUUCGCUUUCUACUCCAAGCAAAAGCAGGAAUCCGAGGUGUGUCCCGUCGAUCUUCUUUUGGCUUCAUAAUUUUUUGUUUUUGAAAUUGCAGGCCCCCUAUCGGCGUGUACCUCCAAGGCCUUUAGGUCAUCAAAAUGUUCAGAAUAUAGCUGGCUCGGAAUUACCACAACGACGUCCGUUACCCAGCCCUGAAAACCACGGUGUUGAUGAUAUUAAGUUUCAGAGGCGUGAUCCUCGGACUAGAACCAGAGCUGAG